AUGAUUAACUUUCUCAGCACACGUAUUGGGUUUUUACGACCGUUGAUUUCAAAGUAUUCGACUAAAACAAUAAAUCCAUCCAAACGGCAAUAUCCAUCAAAGGAUUCGUCCAAUGAAGUCUUGAGAAGAUUAAAUUACCUCGACAAUUACGAGCGUGCAUUCCAGUUCUUUGAUAAUCUCGUCAAACAAAAUCAAGUCACUGUUGCAUCUCUAUUGACGAUACUGGAUACAUGCACCCGGUCAGGACAAAUUCAACGUGGCCGUCAGAUAGAGCAAAUGGUUAAUCAAUCGAGUCAAUGGAAGUAUCAUCGGAGAAAAUUUUCGAACGCAUCCAACAAUUACCGAGCUGCGAUGCGAUUGUUUAUAAUUCGAUGUUGGUCGAAAGGUUAUCUACGAAAUCAACAAGUCGAAAAAUGCUUUUCCUGCGUUGAGAAAAUGCGCUCGCGAGUCCCACCGGAUAAUGUAACGUACACUCUUCUUCUUAACGGUAAACAUUUUCAACUACUUUCUGAGAUUCACAUCAAUCAGUUUUUAGCCUGUACGUUCUUACGUGAUAAACAACGUGGCAAAGCUAUUCAUCAGGAGUUAUCAUCCAACUUAGACAGUCAGCAUGUUCAUUUACAAAAUGCGUUAAUUGAUUUCUAUGGUAAAAUUAACGAAAUAACCAUCGCAGAGAAUAUUUUCCAUAAAAUGACGUUACGUGAAACAAGCACAUACAAUUCUCUAAUGAAAGCUUAUUUAAUCAAUCGAAUGGCAAUGAAAGUAUUGAAAUUGUUCGAACAGAUGAAAGAAAAUAAUCUCGAUACAGUUGGACCGAUCGGAUUUCGACCGGAUUUAAUUACAUUUAUGGCUGUGUGUGAUGCAUGUGAACAGCUUGGACUGUUGAAUAGUCCAGAUAGUUCAUAUGGAGAAUAUAAUUGGAAAAAAAUCUUUUCAAAAAACUAG